CCAGUUAGAUUUACACACUUUUUUUUUUGCCUUUUAUAGUGUUUUUGUUCCCUUUGGGUAUUAGUUGGGUGUACUGGAAUGCAGUUUAAACUGACACAGCCACUCUCUCUCUCUCUCUCCAGCAGUCGUGCACAGACACACACACACACACAGGCGCUGGAAGGAGAGUUGUUUUUCUUUGUUUUUUUUAAAAAAAGGGACGUCGGCUAAAUAUUCGGUGAUGGUGAUUGAAAGAGGCCCGCUAACAGAAGCUGGAGGUGGGACAGCAUUUUACUGUGCUCCCUGGAGGAGGAAACUGGCUGAGACAAUCCGGGGGGCCUCAGACUGAGGGAGGCGAUCCCACUAUUAGAGUCUGUUAGUGAGACCUGACACUCGCUAACGAGUCUCACCCCAUCAUCAGGGUGCUCAGACACCUACCAUCUCUCCAGCCAGCGUAUUCCAGACACCUACCAUCUCCCUUGUAAGCGUGUUCCAGACAACCCCAUCACUCCUGUAAGCGUGUUCCAGACACCUACCAUCUCUCCUGCCAGCGUGUUCCUGACACCUUCCAUCUUUCCGGUUGGUUGUAGACAUUACAAAUUGCCCUUGUGUCAGAGACCCUGGGGUAUAUCAAGAUGGCAGAGAGUGAAGUGGUGCCUGGCGGGCAGAGACCACGGUUACGUGAGCGAAGGGAUACCACAGGCCCCAGUGCAGCUCGCAAAGGGAGGAGGGGCACAGGCUCAGCCAGUCUGUGGGAGGACAGUGCCAACUGGGCCUCCCCCAAAAACCGCCCUCAUCCUGGCGCCCCAGCCCUCCCGACCAAUCAGCAGCUCCGGACAGGUGUGAGGUCAUCAGGCAGAGCUGCUAUCCCACAGGUGGAGGGCCGAGACUGCCCAGACCUGGGGGAAGGCCGGGAACGUGGACGGUCCCAGAAGGACAGAGAGCCGAGACGCACCUACUUAACGGAGAGCGUCCUGGCCUGCCAAGAGCCUUCGGUUGUCGGAGAGGGGGAGGCCCUCAGCCAGGGCACCGAUCCAGGCCUGGCGAGGAGGGAAUGGCCUGGAACAGGCAGCCGGGGAGAUCCGCCUAGGCCAACCGGGGAUAUUCCUCCUCCGAAACCUGCCGCUAAGAACUGGAGGCCUCCGAGGGGGUUCUGGAAAGUCCUCGGAAGGGAAAACGCGCCGCCAGGCGACAGGCCGGGGGCUCCUCAUGACGUGAUUGCCCGGGAGGAGACCGAGAACACCAGCUCCUCGGAGCAGGCGAGCAGCCAUCCUGGUGGCGGCCCGAGGGCUGUGUCGGAGGGGGCCGACAUUUCAGGGCGCUCCGCCAUCAGGCCGGAGAAAUGGAGCGCACGCAGACUCGGCCAGCUGGAGGCUCUGUGGAGGACGGACAGCUGGGAGAGCAUGGGCUGUAACGCCAGCCUGGUGUCCCUGAGCGAACGGGUGGAGAUGAACCGCUCCUUCCUCAAGAGGAUGCUGAGGCCGCCUCCCUGGCAGCCGGGGCCUGGGCUCGAAGAUCAGCUGCAGGAGGACCCCGCAGCCCAUGUCUGCCAUCGCCAACCCUGGCUGCCGGGAGACCAUACCCUCCCUGGAAACAAACGCGUCAAGCAAGGCUGCGGGACGGUGCAGAGUGACAGCGACUGGGACUCCGGCAUUUCUCUGCAGGAAUCUGACCCUGGCCUGAGCAGACAGAUGUGACACCUGUAAAUAGGUGUUUGCAUGCAGUUCCCGAGUAGGCUGG